UGGGAUUUAAGGUCUCGCCCAAAAAUGGCUGUGGAGAAACAUUUAUGAAGAUGUGUCGAUCUACUCACCUAAUUAAUGUGGCGCAUGCUCCAAAUUAACCAAGAGUCCCCUGAUCGAGCCGGAGGGCAUUUCUGGAAGGUGAGUGGAGGGCUGUGGAAGGAGAAGAGGAUUGUGGGCCAUCUUGGGGCAGAGACACUGAAGAUUCUUUGGGAUCUUCAGUGACAGUGUGGCAGACAUGAAAACCCAAGAGCACCGUUCCAGCCCUCUGAAAUCACACACACAGAGUGAUGCACGUCCCCACUCCCAAAUGAAGGGUCUCCAGUUUCGCAGCAUUGCCCCCAAAGCCCCAGUAGUGGUUCCAUCAUCUGCAGUUCUAUCCUGCCAGCCUCCCACAGCCCUUCCAGAAGCAUCCGCAGCUGUCAGCCCCAAAUCCAUCCUUGUCCCUGCCCAGAACUAUGCACUCAUGCAGGUUGCUGGACAAGAGGGGACCUUCUCAUUGGUGGCCUUACCUCAGACACAACAGCAACAGCCAAUCCAGAAGAACCUUAAGCUGCCUAUUCCUAGAUAUCAACCGGUGAGAAGCAAGAGCGCUCCAGAAAAAGGCAGUAGCAAGAUGCUGAGUCCAGCCAAGGUUUCUGCAACCAUACAAGCUCAAUCAUCUGCUAUGAAAUCAGACCAGAGUUCAGACCCAGGAUCUGAGCAGCUUGUUUUGAUUGAUGCUCCUACUUCGUCUGAAAUCAAUGUUGCACCCUUGCUCCCAGGUUCACAGACAGAUCGAAAAGUGGAGCAAAAAAGCGAUGCCAGUCCACUCAAAAGCCAGCACUAUCCUUCUGGAACCUCCCUUGCUGCCCCUGUCAAGAAAAUCUCCCCAGUUAAACCCCAAAUAGAGGGUCAAGCCUCGGCUGGCAGUGCCAUCACAGUCCUCUCACCCACUGUCUUUAGCAAAGCUGUUCAGAUCAUUCCAUCUCCACCCAAGGGCAAGCUGCCCAUCUUGCCCUAUGCCAAGGUGAAGAACUCCCUCCUGGCACCAACCAGCCUUGCCAGCACCCCAUUCUCAGACAAGCAGACUGUGAGUGGAGCCAAAAGCAGCCUGAAAAGCCCUCCAGACAACAAAAUCACGUCCACGGACAGCAAAGUUAAAAGUGAAAGCCUAAGCCAAGACCACAGCAACACCCAAAUCAAGAAACCUCCAGGCAAGAAACGGGGGAGGAAGAGGAAAACCAUGGAGGAUAUUCUAGCCUUCGAGGCUCGAAAGAAGAGAUCCUUGUCGUUUUUCAGAAGGAGGGUGCCUGAUAAACCUCCAGUUGGUGUGUCGAAUUCUGCCUCUCAAGCGAAGUUGUUGGAUAUAUCCAAAAAGUAUCGGAGUAUUCGUCCCAAGCCAGUACUGGUAAUGGAAACCACUAUUCCACAACUUGUUCCACUUCCUUCCUCUUCAACAUCAGAGAACCUUGAUCAGGAGCAGCUCUUAUUAGGACAGCAGAUAUCAGGAAAACAAUCGAGUGCUCCACAGUCUUCGCAAGCUACUGAGCAGCAGCCUGUGGUAGAAUGUAAAGGUGGUGGAGGAGUGAUUUACACAGGAAGUCGUCCUCUGCAUCGAUGUCCUACCUGCAACAGGUGUUUCCAAUUUAAGCAUCACUUGCAGAGCCACAUGAACAGCCACAGUAACCUGCGGCCUUAUGUCUGCCCGGUAUGCAGGAAGGCCUACGCUCACUCAGGCAGUCUUAGCACUCAUAUGAAACUGCACCAUGCGGAAAGCAGGCCCAGGAAGAGCCUUUGCUGUGAAUUCUGUGAGAAGUCAUUUGGCUAUGUGGGUGUCUACUUUAGCCACUUGAGAGAGGUGCACCGGGUAAUACUCACCGUUGAACCGUCCAUCAGUCAACAUGAAGAAAAUAUGUCUGUAGAAGAGUCUUCAGAAGCUGAUGAACAGGCCUCAGAACAACAUGUUGACCCAGUCGAGCUACAAAUUAAGUGUGGGCGCUGCCAGGCCAUCACCCCUACCUUUGCUGACAUGAAGCUGCAUUUGUUGUACGUGCACGGAGAGGAGGUCCAGGUGCAACUGAGGGAUGGGGCCAUGCGUGGGGGCCGUGAAGCAGAGGAUGAACUGGUCAAACAUGCAGCACAUUACUGGAGGCAGCUCAAUGAGAAACGCAACCUAGUGCACUGCGACGAGGAGUUCUUCUCCUUUUCCAAGCUCAAACGCCACCUCCAUUCUCACCAUCAAGAAGCUAGAGAGAGUCAAGAAGAGGAGGAAGAAGAGGAGAUGAUGAUAGGUAAGGAGGGCCACAUAUUAAGGGGCCUCAAUAAAGGUAUAUCCCUGAGGGUGGGGUCUCACUUUAACUGCAUCCUUUGCAGUAAGGUGUUUAAUAAGAAACAGGACGUUAUUGAGCAUUGGAGGGCACAGCACAACUGUGAAAAUCCCACCCUUUUAUGGGAUGUCCUGGACUUCAAAGGGGAGAGCAAGCUUACUGAUGGGCCAAAUUAACUGCAAAUGGGUAAUUUAUUAUUUGCUCCAUGUGUCGACUGUGUGGUUCAUGCAGGAUGCAGUGACGUUAAUGCAAAAAAAAAAACUAAUAAUAAACUUUUUAUGUUGUUUUGUU